AUGGAGCAAGAGAUUUCUAAUAAACUUCUUAAAUUUAAAAUUUCUGAUAGGGACGGGUUAGGAGUUGAUCUUUCUAAUGAAGAUAUUGCCCCUAGCCUUAAGGAUUGCCAGCUUAGUCUAAUUGCACAGGUUUUUGGGGACAAAAAGGCUAAUUUCAAUGGUGUGAAGAUUGGUAAAAGGAUAGGGAACCGUCUGGAUGUUCAAAUUCAUGAACCUGGGAGUCAACAAGGUCAAGUGAUGAAGGUUUUGGUUGAACUUAAUGUUAAUGAGCCUAUCCUUACAGGAUCUUUCAUCAGAGUGGGGCCUGAAUCCACUUGGGUGGACUUCAGGUAUGAAAAUCUACAAACUUUUUUCUUUUAUUGUGGGUGUAUUGGACAUGAUAAGAAAAAUUGUGCUCUAAGAUCUGAAGGUGUGAAUAGUAAUGUGUCUAAUAAGAGACAAUAUGGGGAUUGGCUGAGAGCAACUCCUCUUUUCUCCUCUGAGAACAAAUCCCAGGCUAGUUCUAAUCAAGGGAAUCAGUCUUCUGGUAAGGAACCAUCUGCGAAUCCUAAUCAGAAUAGGUCUCAAAUAGGAGCAGAGUGGAGUGGUAAACAGAAUGACUCCUUGUCCCAAGGGAAAAUGUUAAUUAGGGGAGAGGGUUGUAAUCAACCUGAAUCUGGUGGCAAUACCAAAAUCCCUGUGCAAGAGUCUAUCACCAGUUCUUCUUUAGAGGCUCAACCUAUGGCUAGUCCUCUUAAGGUUGUGGAACCUUUGUCUGAUGAUCAAUUAGUGGAUGUUGCUAUUCAGCCAUCUACUAUUGGAGCGAGGAUAGUCCAUAGGAAAAAAGCUACCUUUACUAGGAAAUCCAGACCUAGUUUUGUUCCUAGUUCUGAGAGUACGCAUAUUGAUGUCUCAGAGGGUGUUCUGAAUUUAGUGGGUGAUAAGGGUAAACGUAAAAGGGGCAGUGAAGCUCUUGUUUCCAAUAACUUACCUUUGGAGGAAGUAGGUUCCAAAGAGAAAAAAAAGUAA